CUUUGUCAUACCGAGACGUCAAAGAACAGAAAAUUUCUGGUCGUUAUGCGUUUCGCAUCAAUUCUGUGAUUUCACAUAAUUUUGCUUUAUUUCAAAGAAUUACCAUAGGUAGGCUAAAGACACACUCGAGAUAAUCGAUUCUAUCGGGGUCGACCGCUAGCUCGUGUUAGGAUUCGGAUCGUUCACCGUUGCGAUAGCUAAAAAUGUCGGGGUCAAGUAUCACACGCAACGAGGUCGUACAGUUUGUGCUGCGAAUUUCGUUGGUUUCCGUCGUCACUUACUAUUCGGCCAAAUGGCUCAUGAAAAAUUUAGACCCAACCAACAAAAGCAAAAAGAAGGCUAUCGAGAGGGCGGAGGAAAUUCUGAAAAUACUGGGUCCCAAUAUGAAAAAGUCGGCACUGAGCAAUCUUAACGAUUACGAGUUGGUGAUAGCAUCGCACUUGGUGGUUCCGGAGAACAUCAGUGUCAGUUGGAAUAGCAUUGCCGGAUUGGAUCACGUUUGUCAGGAGAUUAAGGAGAGUAUAGUGUUCCCCGUAUGUAAUCGAGAUAUGUUCCCGGCCUCAUCGCUUUAUCAAGCACCUAAAGGGGUACUGCUGUAUGGACCGCCAGGAUGCGGCAAAACUUUGAUCGCUAAAGCUACUGCUAAGGAGGCCGCAAUGCGUUUCAUUAAUUUGGACGUAGCGAUGUUGACCGACAAAUGGUACGGGGAGUCACAAAAAUUAGCAUCUGCUGUUUUCUCGCUGGCAGUUAAAAUCCAACCAUGUGUUAUCUUCAUCGAUGAAAUCGAUUCAUUUCUGCGAGCCCGGAACUCUUCCGAUCACGAAGCAACUGCCAUGAUGAAGACGCAGUUUAUGAUGCUGUGGGAUGGAUUAAAUACUGAAUCCGAUUCGACAGUUAUAGUUAUGGGUGCUACCAAUCGUCCACAAGAUUUGGAUAAAGCGAUUCUGCGACGAAUGCCAGCACAGUUCCACAUCGGACUGCCGAACGAAGAACAGCGGUUGAAAAUCUUGCAGUUGAUACUAGCUCAGGAAAAAAUAUCCGAUGAUGUUGAACUCCCGAGCUUGGCACGGAUGACGAACAAUUUCUCCGGAUCCGAUCUGAGGGAAAUGUGUCGAAAUGCGUCGGUUUAUCGUAUUCGCAAGGUUUUGCGAGAGAAAUGUAGGGAAAUGGCAGCGAUACCAAACGGAACGGCAAACGGAGCCUGCACUACGGGUGCCGGAACACCUAUGCUGGAUGAAGUUCCUGCAAUUACGUUGGAUGAUUUGAUCGAAUCGUUUCGCAAUAUGAAGCACUCCAAAUACAAUUCGGGACACAUUAACGAUGCUCGCAUCGAUUUAGAUUGAAUAAAUAUAUUUCUACGCGCUUUUAAUAGCUUUUAAAGAUAUCGGAGACGAGACGCUUAUUUAGGAAUGUUAAAUUUCCGAAUGUUAUGUUCCAGAGCAGUGAGAUUUUGAUUGUAUCGUUCCCCUCAAGAUAGGCAGCAAAUAUUUAUUAUUGCCUCGAAUUAUUUUCCGGCACAAGUUUCAGUUUUGGCGGAGUGAAAUGAAAACCCUUCUAAAACUAAUAGCUUAUGGUAGCAAUUAGUUUAGAUUUAGAUGUGGAGUCGAAGUUAAUAAGAUGUUAUGUAUACAUAAAACAAAUCAGAUAGUUCUUAUAUCACAAAUUAAUAUGGGGUGGAUUGCAUUCUGCGCAUAGGUAGAAAUGCAUCUGUUAAUGAGAAAAUAAUGGAUUACUAAAUUAUAUAAUUUAAUCGUAUUGUACCCGUGUAAGAACUUACAAAAUAAAAAAUUGAUUCCCUGCUGGAUCAAUUAAGUAAAUUGAA